ACGAGGCCGCUGAAGACUGGGAGGAUUAUGAGAAGCGUUUGCGGCAAUACUUCUUGGCUUUCGGCGUUGUCGACGCUCCUAUGUAAUCAGCAGACGCAGGCCUUACUGGAUGCCCUUGGACAGCUCGUCCAGGGUCAAUGUGCGAUGCAAAACGAUGCGGCGGCAGCCGCUUCACCGCUGACGCUGCCACAACACGCUGUUGCACCCACUUUUCACCCUUUUGAUGCUGCACUGGAAAGCUGGACGGAGUGGUCACGCCAAUUUGGAUUCCAGCUUGCCGCCUACAGAAUUCAAGGAACUGUUUGCAACAUGAUGCUGCCUUCUGAAACUUAAAAAUAUGAGAUCCAGCAAUUACAUUCUGAUUUUUAGAUGAUUGUAUGUAGAAAAAAAGUUAAUUUUGGAUGAGAAAAAUUAAAAACUUUUUUAAUGACACAAUUUUUACCAUAAAUUAAUAACUGUAGUUCAGUGGUCUCAUAACCUUCU